UGUGUCCUGGGGCUCUCUGUGACACAGUGCACCGUGGUCACCAUGGGAUGGUAAGGGAGAGAGUGUUCCAUGGUGACCCUUUGUGACACGUCGUGAUAUAUGUGCUGACAGUGACACAGCCGUGCCACAGUGCUCGGUGCACACAACGGGACAGGACGGGAAAGAGCAGUGCAGUGAGGAGCCCCCACACAGCCAACUCAUUCCUUGCUGACCCGGAGCUUUUCCGAGGCGUUCUCUGUGCAGGUGACCUCGAGGCCAGGCUGCGGGACUCGGUGACGUGGAGCAUUUCCGAAGCGUCUGCCAUCCCUGCGGCCAGUGCCCUCGAAGAUAGACUGCGGGACUCUCAGUCCUAUUUCUUUCUAGAGACUUCUCUCUUGCUGGUGCCCUUGAGGACAGACUGCAGGACUUACUGUCCUGUAACAUUCCCAAGGCCCCUCUGUUGCAGGUGCCUUCUAGGUACGACUGCAGCACUUGCUCAUCUUCAGCUCUUCCGAGGCCUCUCUGCUUCAGCAGGCACUCAUAACUGCAAAGAGUGACAUGGAGCAGAGACCACCCAGCAUGACCAAGCUGGCCUGGGUGGAGGAGGAAGAGGCUGGAGCUCAGACAGCACAGCAGCCUGAAGAACUGGAGCAGUUCCAGCUGCUGCAGGAGGAUGCAGCCGAGGAGCGGACACAAGAGCAGGAAGCCGCCCCUGGCCGCUUUUGCGGAACAGCGCAGGUACCUGUGGCCAUCCCUACCUGGGCUGGGCCUGCUGUCACUGCUCAGCCAAGCACCAGGCUUGGAGUGCUCCAUGGAUGCUCCCUCCCUUCCUGCCCUUCUCCUGCAGACCCUCUGUGACUCCAUCAUGUGCCUUUGGCAGGAAGAGACCGCUGGUGUGGGCACCGGCCUCUUGGCGGAGCUUCUGUUCCUCAAUGCUGAGACCGGUGCUGCCAUGCUGGAUUUGCUUGUGGAGGAGGGUGUCUCCGAUCCAACGCAAGUGCCCGCCAUGGUGAGGUACAUCCACCAGUGGCUCACGGCCAAUGAGUCUGCUGGGCACAGGCUGGACGAGGCCCUUCUGGAGCUGACCGAGGAAUACCCCUCGGACGUGAUGAUCACCCUAUUGCGCUGGGCCCCAUCGUGUGACAGAGCUGCCGCGACCAUGUGGGGAACCAUCAUGUCCUCGAGCAGGACUGCGGAGCCGGCGCUGCAGUUACUCCUCGACGCGCUCAGCGCCUGGCCAGUGUACAGCGUGUACACCUCUGAUGGGGACAAUGCAGGAGUCUUUGCCCUGGCUGCAACCGUGGCACUGUGGAGAGUCUUCAAUCUGACCUGGCGCUCCCCUGUUGUGCUGGAGUAUUUCCCCAAUCUCUUUCUGCGUCUGCUCUUCCAAGCUUACAUCAGCACGCAGGAGAUGCCAGAAGAGGUUGAGACUUUCUGGAAGGGAUGCCAGGAGGAACACGGCCUCGCCGCCAACCCCAACAGCUUUGCACUGCAGACCCUGAAGGCCCUGCUCUGCCAAAUGCGCUAUGAGCACGUGGUGGUGUCAAUGGAACGCAAGCGUGCCUGGGACACGCUGCUCUGUGCUGACACCCACCACUAUGCAGUGCGUCUUCUGGCCAGGUGAGACCUCGUUCUCCCC